GUGGUCGUUUCGGAUGACGUAGAAGAAGAGACGACGAAACGAGCCCGAACGAAAUCCCAAAACCCAAUCGCUGCGCUCCUUCGUCAUCUCGUCGAAUCCCGAUGGCCGCCGCCGUUUCCAUCGUGUCCUUCUCCGCCGGGCCGCCUACCGCCGUCGAUGGCCUCCGGGUGAAGGACGCCCCCCGGCGAGUUCGAUGCAACGUGGCGAGCAACCCCGCCGUCCGGGACGCGGGUGGCGAGGCUGCGGCGGGGCGAGUCUCGGCGGACUGUGUCGUGGUCGGUGGAGGAAUCAGCGGGCUCUGCACGGCGCAGGCACUCUCAACGAAGCAUGCCGAGGCAGCGCUGGAUGUCCUGGUGACGGAGGCGAAGGACCGGGUUGGCGGCAACAUCACCACAGUUGAGAGGGAUGGCUACCUUUGGGAGGAGGGUCCUAACAGCUUCCAGCCUUCCGAUCCCGUACUCUCCAUGGCGGUAGAUAGUGGUUUGAAGGAAGAGCUUGUAUUUGGAGAUCCAAAUGCUCCACGAUUUGUUUUGUGGGAUGGGAAAUUGAGGCCAGUGCCAUCCAAACUAACUGACAUGCCUGUAUUCGACUUGAUGAGCAUUGGCGGUAAGCUGAGAGCUGGAUUUGGUGCUAUUGGAAUUCGUCCUUCCCCACCAGGACAUGAGGAGUCAGUUGAAGAAUUUGUGCGCCGAAAUCUUGGAGACGAGGUGUUUGAGCGUCUGAUAGAGCCAUUCUGCUCAGGUGUAUAUGCUGGCGAUCCAGCAAAGCUUAGCAUGAAGGCAGCAUUUGGAAAGGUUUGGAAAUUGGAACAGAAUGGUGGAAGCAUAAUCGGUGGUACUAUAAAAGCAAUUCAAGAGAGGAACAAAAUCCCCAAGCAACCUAGAGAUCCCUGCAGGAAUUUGCCAAAGCCCAAGGGACAAACUGUUGCAUCUUUUAGAAAAGGACUUGCGACGCUUCCUAAUGCAAUUUAUUCAAGGUUGGGUAACAAGGUCAAGUUAUCAUGGAAGCUCACGAGCAUUAGAAAGCUGGAUAAUCAAGGGUAUAUCUUGAUGUAUGAAACACCAGAAGGAUUAAAAUCGGUGGAGACUAAAAGUGUUAUCCUAACCAUUCCAUCAUAUGUUGCUAGCGACCUCCUUCGUCCUCUUUCAAAUGAUGCAGCUGAGGCUCUCUCGAAGUUCUAUUAUCCACCGGUUGCAGCAGUUUCUGUUUCAUAUCCUAAGGAAGCAAUUAGAAAGGAAUGUCUGAUAGAUGGUGAGCUUAGGGGUUUUGGUCAGUUGCAUCCUCGCAGCCAAGGUGUCGAGACAUUAGGAACCAUAUAUAGCUCUUCACUUUUUCCUAAUCGUGCUCCACCUGGAAGAGUGUUGCUUCUCAACUACAUAGGAGGUGCUACAAAUACUGGAAUUGUAUCGAAGGCGGAGAGCGAGCUGGUUGAAGCAGUUGACCGUGACCUCAGGAAAAUCUUGAUAAGCCCGAAUGCCCCAGACCCAGUAGCAGUGGGCGUAAGAGUAUGGCCGAAGGCCAUACCGCAGUUCUUGGUCGGGCAUCUGGACAGUCUUGAAGCUGCCAAGACAGCCCUCAGUCAGGAAGGAUUUGAUGGUUUGUUUCUCGGAGGCAACUAUGUAGCAGGCGUUGCCUUGGGUCGAUGCAUCGAGGGAGCAUACGAGAGUGCCUCCCAGGUAGCAGGUUUCUUGUCCAAGUAUGCCUACAACUGAAAGGCCAGAGUCAGCUGUUCUUGUCAGGCGAUGGCAAUGUGUUUCCUAGUCUUAAUUUGGGGCGUAUCGUUUCUGCAUCAUUACUGAUAUAUAAAUUUUGUUUUUGUCAUUUAUGAUCAUUUCCCCUCGUUUGUUUGAAUGUCGAUUUCUAACUGAGCCAUCUAGUGCGAUAAAUCUAGUGGGAUAAAAGUUUGUUGUUGUUGUUUGAAUGUCAAUUUAUUAUAAUGUCACUUGAUAUGGCACCGGAAUAAGAUUUAGGAAAAUUUGUAAA